AUGCACCGCUUUAUCUGCGCCGCCACCAUCUACGUGUUGCGCGCCUUCCAGCACGAGGUUGGCAUCGAUCUGAACGCGUUGGAACAGAGCCCCGCGCCGGGAGUGUCCUUCACG